AUGUCUGAAAGCACUACAAGCGAUAAUUUGCGGACUUCCAGGCCUUUGGAAUCGAAUGAGGAUAAAUUGGAAGCCGAUUUCUACUCGGUGUACGAAGAAUCAGUCCGACCAGACACAGCCACAAAUGGUCUUCAACCAUCUCAGACCAGCGAAGACAAGGUAGUUGGAGCCUCUGGGCAUGAAGAGGUAGAACCAGGGGUGGAAGUUACUAAACACGAUUCUGCCAAGUCCUCCUUGAUUGCAAACCAACCUAUGCAGGCGCUUGAGGCUGAUCCCGAGAUCGACACUGGUCUAAAGACUGAGACCAAGGCUGAUCCUGAAAUUGAUUCCAAGAUUGUUUCCACGAUUGAUCCCGAGGUUGAAACAGAGGCUGAUCCAAGUGCUGAUCCUAGUGCUGAUCCCCUAACUGAUUCGAGUGCUGAUCCCAUAGCUGACUCCAGAGUCGAUCCCACAGCUGACCUCAAGAGUGAUCCCACAACUGACACCACCGGCUCCAAGAGUGAUCCCACAACUAAAUCUAAAAUUGAUCCUAUAACUGACACCACUGACGCCAAGAUUGAUCCCACUACUAACUACAAAACUAUUCCUAUAACUAGCUCUAAAAUUGAUCCCACAGCUGAUUCCGAAGAGGAAGCGGACUCUGACGUAAGUUUGUCGGCUUAUGGGGAGCAGAGUGAGGAAAAUGCAGCACUCGAACCGGCUCCAGGUUCACCCCCAGUAAGCAUCGCAAAACUUGAAGCUGCAGACAGUCCAAACGAAAUAGAACAACAUACGGCUCACGCCCCCCUGCAUGCGAAUCUUCAAGAUGGUCCCCCACCUUUGCCGUCUCGCGACCUCAAGGGAAAAUUGAAGAGCACAACACCACAACCCACGCCAGUUCAUGCUGUGCCUCCACCAUUGGCAGAGGAACUGAAGUCGGAAUCGUUUCGGAAAUCGAUUGCUGCACUGAACGUGAAUUCAAAAACACCACCACCGGUGCCACCAAGAACAAGUCACAAUCGAUCGGUAAGCGCGGACUUUGAUCUAGUCAUAAGCCGGUUCCAAGAUAAUGAAGACGAGUACAUGUCGAAAGAUGAUGUGACGCAAGAAAAUCUACAAGAGGGGGCGCGAGUAUUGAAAUCCAGCUACACUGCCUUUCUGGAGACCAUUGGGCCUUCCAAAGAAGUGCAUGAGACCACCCAAGAUGAUGAAGACGACAGGGAACUUAUGACCGUUGACUGGCCGUUCUGGACUCGACUUGUGAGCAAUUAUGCAGAAGUUGCCAAGAAAGACUCUGUCAAACUGGAGCAAGAAAUUGCGCGUGGUAUACCACCUCAAGUUCGCGGGAUUAUCUGGCAGCUUCUAUCGUCUUCGAAGUCUAAAGAGAUAGACGAUGAGUACGCAAGACUUAAAGAUCUGGAGUCUCCGCAUGAAAAAGCUAUCGAGCGAGACCUUUCAAGAACGUCAUUCAUACCCAAGGAAAAAGUGAUGUCGCUUUUCCAAGUUCUCAAGGCUUAUUCCCUACAUGAUCCGGAUGUGGGAUAUACGCAGGGAAUGGCGUUUGUAGCCACGGCGUUACUACUGAACGUGGAAACCGACUCAGAGGCCUUUGGACUGCUCAUAAGUUUGAUGAAGGGGUAUGGCUUGAGGGAGCUCUUUUUGCCGAACAUGCCAGGACUGCAUAUCAAACUACACCAAUUUGACCGGCUGAUCGAGGAGAACUCACCUUCUUUGUACAAUCAUUUGGCGAGACAAGGCGUACGGUCAUCAAUGUAUGCUUCACAGUGGUUUUUGACGUGCUUCGCAUACAGGUUCCCGCUAUGCUUUGUUCUUCGGAUUCUCGACGUUGUGUUUGUAGAGGGGUUGGAGGCGAUAUUGAAGUUCGCGUUAGUGCUGAUGAUUAAAAACGAGAAGACUUUGAUAACUCUGCAAUUUGACCAAUUACUGGAGUUUUUGAAGAACGGUCUUUUCGCACAUUAUCUCAAGAGCUCUGAGGUUUCCAGGGAUGAUUCUAGGUCUACUUUCCCGCUCAUGUAUAAGACCCCUUCUCUCGAGAAUGAUGGUUCAGGGACAUCUCAGGGUUCUAACGAGGCUUAUGCAGUGGACGUGUUUGUGAAAGAUGCUAUGCAUGAGGUGAAAAUCACACCCAUAUCCUUAAGAAGGUACAUUGCGGAGUAUGAGGAAAUCCAUCUCUUGGAGUCUCAGAAGGAAGCGCAAAUGGACUCUCUUCGCAUUAAGAACAAACAACUUCAUAAUGAAGUCCGGAAACUAGAGCGGGACCAUACAGUGCUGAACCGAGAGCAUAUUAACAUCGCCAAUGAGCUUAUCGAGAAUCGGUUAGCGCUAGAAACACUUCAAGAUCAGAACCGAGACCUACAAUCCGAGGUCCAACAACUAAAGGUUCAGCUACAGGAUGAAAUACGGAAGCAAUCGCUUCCCAACCCGGAUUCACAAAUUCCUACAGAUAUACGUGCGGAUUUGAAGGAAACUAUGGCGCGCAAUCUAGAAGUCAUGAGUGCCAAUCAAGAAUUGCAAGAGAGAACUGUUGAACUUGAACGAGAGCUUUUGAAUGCGAAACGCCAGAUAUCUAAAGAAAAUAGAAAUCCUGCAAAUUGGAAAACUCUACGGAAAGUUUGGAAAUAG